GGUGACUGAGAAGCAACACAGACUAAACCAUUAUUGUGCAUGGGGCCUUCCAAGCUGUUGUACAGUCCCUGGAAUGAAAUUCAGCCCACUAUCAACUUCAUUCCCCCAAAGACCCCCCUCAACAUGACCUGGAUUAAUGUGGGCAGUCCUGUAAGUGGCACAAUGCAGCCCCUCCAGCUAUUUAAGGCACUGCUAUAGAAAUGUUAUACGGUAGUAACGUUUGUAUUAGGUGCCACCCCCCACCCACAAUGGCACUGGCAGUCAACUGUAACCCAGUCACCCGAACGCAGCAAACGAUCAUCCUCGCUCGAGCAAUGGAGCAAGUCCAGAGACAGAAGGGAAAACUAAAGGCGGCAGAUAAGAGCAGGGUACAGAGGAGAGUUGACCAAGAGGAGAAAAAGCUUGGGAGCCUUCAUGGAACAUCAAUCCAAUAUAGCCAAGCCACUGACCACUCCCUAGAGACCUUUGAUCUGGUCAAGUUUGUAAAUAAGGAGAAGAAGAGAAGGACUGCCCGUGAAAAGGGCUUCAUCUUGGAUGGCAUUGCAGUCAGAACUUUGACGGGAGAAGAGAGGUCUCCCAAGCUUUGGGCAGGGAUCCCUCCAUACAAUGCCCAACGUGACCCACACGCAGCAGCUUAUUUUGAAAGUCCAAACGUGAGGAACUUAUUGAGAAGAACGGGACAGAGCAAUGGAGGAACCUCACUGAAUGGCCGUAUUGUAGACAAGUAUUAUAUCCGUGGAGAUGGGGCCUUAUACGUGAACCUCAGGAACUGCAGUGGAGCAGGACAUUGCCAGAUGCAUUACAUUGGGCAUAAUGCCCCAUCAUGGCUGCCAAUGCUCGGGUACAAUGGGCAUUAUGGUUACAGAAGGAAUUUGCCAACACUCCGUCAGACACCCUCUGCAUUCAGAGAAAUUACCCCAUUCCCCCUUCACUAAGGGGUUCUGAUGCCGCUGCUGGAAACCUGGAGAACCAAUCAAGAGCUCAGCAUGUCAACUGACCAGGAACAUGGACCCCUUGUUAUUUAGUAAAGGGUUAAAGAGCAAAAUAAAACCAAAAAUCAAGUGCAAA